CACUUUCCUACGCACUUAUUACGUAAUAUUAACCUGACAGUGAGACUUUGCGACCGUGUGAUGCAUCACUGCAUGGCCUGGGUAAUCCUGUUGCGCUGACUUGAAUUUAAUGAUGUCAUGGUGAAGGAAUCUUUUGGCACAGCACUUGCUCAAGCAGGGCGGAUAUUAUGGACUAUGAAUCUCUGGGCUGCAUGUUUCUCUGCAGCUUGAAGAAAGCAAUCUCUCACCCAUUUACUGGAAAAAAUGAUGUAGGACGGUUUUUGCAGCUUCACGCAGACAAGAAGCUCAGAUAGAGCUGACGAAAUGCCUAUGGAUCAUAGUUUCUCUACUGCGCUCACCAUGAUCCAGAUGUGCGUGAUGAUCUGUUUGCUGUCAGCUGUCGUCUCACAGUCAACAAAUUCCCCGUUGAAGAGAUCCCGGAAUAUCACCAUCCACUCCUCCCAGGUGGUCUGCAGUCUGCCAGGCCCGGCGGGACCCGCAGGAAACCCAGGAGCCCCUGGAUCACCAGGGGCCAUGGGCCCCAUGGGGCCUCCGGGGAAAGAUGGCCCAGAUGGGAAGGAUGGAGAGAAGGGAGAAAAGGGCAAUAGAGGUGAUCCAGGGAGACCUGGUAAUCCAGGAAAGCCAGGUCUGAAAGGUCGUGAAGGUGUCAUUGGCAAGGCUGGACCUCGGGGACUGAAGGGGCUACGUGGAAGACCAGGAGUGGCUGGAAAACGGGGACAAAAAGGCACGCUGGGUGACACGGGCCAGCAGGGAGCUCCUGGUGGCUGUAACUGUGGCAGUACAGCCCGAUCAGCUUUCUCUGUGGCUGUGACAAAGAGCUAUCCCAAAGAGCGGAUGCCCAUUCGCUUCAGCCGGAUCCUGCUCAAUGAGGGCAAUCACUACAACGCCACCAGUGGGAAAUUUGUCUGCGUUAUCCCUGGGGUGUAUUACUUCACCUACGACAUCACUCUAGCCAAUAAGCACCUGGCCAUCGGGCUGGUGCACAACGGACAGUACAAGAUCAAGACAUUUGAUGCCAACACAGGGAACCAUGACGUAGCUUCUGGUUCUACCGUUCUCCACCUGAAGCAGUCAGACCAGGUCUGGCUGCAGAUCUUCUACUCAGAGCAGAAUGGACUCUUCUUUGACCCCUUCUGGACGGACAGCACCUUCACUGGCUUCCUUAUUUACGCUGACCAGGAGUUUCUCGAUGAAGCUGAUAGAAAAGCGAAUGCUCAGGCUGACACUUGAAUCCACUUGAAUUCAGUUGUUCAAUGACUUCUGACACCAGGGGGUGCACAAGCGAAGAAAAAAAAAUCACUCGAGGAGACACUGAACAAAACAUCUCUGUUGUUUCGGCCACAAAAAUCUUCAAACCUAUCUGAAUUAACUUCCCUUCCUUUGUUCCUUUAACUUUGUUGUAAUGUUAUUAUUAUUUUUUUUUUUUUUUUUUUUUACAGUGCAAAGCAUUGUCCAGUUCCUGUGUGCCAAAACAAAAACAAAGAACUGUCUUGAAGAAAAGCCAGGAAAUAAAACCCUAUAAUUUGGUAAUUUUAGCAUAAUUUACACCAACAUUUAUUUCAUUAAAUAAAAUUAAAUGUCUGAUUAAAGAGAUUUAGCUA